AUGAAUAUUUGCCGCGGUCUCAAAAACUCUUGCGAUCACAAACCACCUAAGGAAAAACAUCGAUGGAGUUUCGUCAAAUCAUACAGAGAAGAAGAACAACAACACAGCAGCCAGGUACACGUCCUGGACGACAAACAAGCCAUCGCUGUCGCUGCUGCUGCCGUUGUUAGCAGUAACGGAAUCGUCAGGAUACGCGAACAAUGGGCGGCCGUUAAGAUCCAAUCCAUUUUUCGAGGAAGCAAGAAAGGCGCUCUGAGCAUUAAAAGGGCUGGUGAAGUUUCAGGCAUUGGUGAGAGAGGUCACAUUCAGCGGAAACGAAUGGCAGAGUGCCUCGAAAAAAUGCAUUCACUUUUACGGGCACAGGCACGAUAUAAUGCAGCGCGGACUCACCAAACCUCACACUCUAAUGUAAAAUCUGAAGAAAGUCCUGUUAGAUCUAGAAGCCCUUUUACUCCUAGAAGUGAUGGUUCAAGAAACUACCUUAGAGACUAUUCUCAUUCCCCAAGUUACAUGGCUCAUACAGAAUCAUCAAAGGCAAAACAUAGAUCUUUGAGUACACCAAAGCAAAGGCCUCAAACGAAGAUGAUGUUCUGCCAUAAUUUGUUCCACCAUAAUACUUCAAAACAGAUAGCAUGUUAUUAG